AUGCUAAAAAUGUCCGCAAAAGGGAAUGCCAGUCAUUUCCACUGUACCCCCUGCACACAGCAGAAGAAGUACAGCCACGUUGCCUGUUUCUGGGAAAAACAACCCUCAGGCUGUGUGAGAAUCAAUUGUGCUUUCCAUCAUAGCAAACCUCGAAAUAUAAAUGGACUUUUUCUGCCACCUAGUACUAAGAUUGUGUUUCUGAAAAUUUGGAUAGAAAAAAAUGUCUGCAAGCUGAAAAUGGGUAAUCCAGUGUUUAGCAUUGCUAAAUUCACCAAAGAUGUGCCAUUGCUACAGGGUAGCCAAGAAAGGACUGUGCAUCCAGCCCAUCAUCAAGAAUCCCUCCGAAAUCAAGAGAAUAUUUUCCUACCAGUUCAUGCUCCACUGAUUAUAAGCCUCAAGAAAGAAGAGGAAGAUGAAGAGGACGAUGAAGAUAUAGAGAACUAUGUUUCCAACUGGGUGCCUAAGACUGCUGCAGAAAUUGAAGAGGAAAGAGCCAUAAAGGAAAUAUGCUAUAAAACUGGAGAGUAUUACAGGAUCCAGUCCCCUCAGGAACACCAAUCAGCACAAACUGUGUCUUCACCUCAGGAAAAGGAGAAAUUACACUCGGAAACUACCAAGCGAGACUUGCAGAAAGGUGAUGGUAGUAGAAUCCCCAGAACAUUUAUUAAUACAAAAAGAGAAGGAGAGAUUUCAGGAAGGAGAAUACCAGCCGAGCGUAUUCCCAGAAGAGAUCGUCGAUCCUUUGACAAUGGAGGUAAAUAUACUUCAGCUUCAGCAGCUCGGGCUCAGAAGUUGUCACCCUGCGCUUUGGAGUCUGUAUCCAUUGGGUUCCCAUGUAGAUGUUACACUUUGACUUUGGAAAAGGGAUUUCACACUUCUGACCCCAAAAGAAAACAAACUUACCAAUCAAGGGGUCAGAGGAAGGAUGAUGAAACUGCUUCUUAUGUUCCUCGUGGGAGAGCAGCUGGAAGAAAGACUUAUUGUGAUUCUUCAGAACCUCAAAGAUCAACAUAUGUUUUCUACCGCACUGUCAAUGUCAAACAAGAACCAAAGUUCAAUGGAUCUACAGACAAAUACACUUCAGGAUCUUACAAUGCACCAACUUGGAGGAAAGGAAAUCCACGUGCAAAAAUGCUCCCUAAAUUUGAAACAACCGUUGAGGUAACUGAUAAGACAUUUUUACCAUUAAUUCUUUUUCACAAAAGCAACAGGCCUCUCCCCACCUAGAAGAUGUAAAAUUGCUCUUAAAGCUUUUGCAGCCAAAACCCACAAGGUUCUAAGCAAUGUUGAGUCAUCUGAAAGAGCAGGGAAGAGUUUCGCUUGUUUGCAAACAUGUAAUUUGGACUAACCCGUGAUGUUAAAUGUUUUACAAUAUUAUUGAUAGGAAAGCCAAAUACGUACCUGCCUUCAAAGUGAGGAGCUACAACAAGUGGGUUUUGGCUCGUAGCUCUGGACAAAGCACAGCAGAGACCAUAGGAGUGUGAUCUGUUUGUCUGUGUGAUUGCUCGUGAAGUGUCUGCAACAGCUGAACCAAGAUCAGCCGAGGUCCAAAUUCAUAAAAGGACUCGGGCUACAAAACAUUCCCCAGAUGCCCUAAGGA